UCUCCUCUCCUGUUGGUCUUCAUGCCACUCUGCCUGCUAUCUCUUCUUUCUCCCAUCCCUAGCUGCUUUUCAGCUUUUGUUUGUCGCCUUCUCGAAUUAUAUUCUAAGCUUCUUGUCUUUUUCACAUUAGCACGUCUAACACACUAAAUACUUUAUAAAUAUUUAUUGCUAUCAACUAUUGUCACAGAAAAAGGUGGCUGAAUAGAAUUGAUCUAACAAAAGUGUUUUCUGGGUUCUCAUGAUUGGAUAAAAAGGUUGCCCAUUUCCAAUAAUCUGCGCCAGUUGAAUGGCUCACAUUCCUCCUCCAAACCUUUUUCUUAAAGUUCUUCUUGAACCGGUCGCAUUCUCGCUUUAUCAUUUUUAAAGUGCCAGGGAGGGUAGAACACACAUUUCCCUCUUUCCCCACAAUCUUUUUUUUUUUUUUUUUUAAGGUUUGGAGGGGAAGGUGAGGGAUGUGUAUGCUAUGAUUAGGUGGCGAUGGAUGCCGGAUUCUAGGAAGAUUCGGUGCUUUUCCUCUCAAAUUCCCUCGCCUUGCCGAAGCAAACUCAUUGGAGAGCUCCCAAAUGCCGAAAACUCUGUUCCCAUGGCCGAAGUUCCAGGGCGAGGAAGGCCGGGGUAGAAGGAGAUGGACAGACUGUGAAGAAGAGGAAGAAAAGAGAAGCAGCACUGGGUAUGGGCUUGGGCGGCUAGCGAGAAAGCCUCUUCGGUCGGCCCCUCCCCCACCCACUGCCGCGCCGCCGCGCCGCCUUAGUUGUCAGGGAUGGUUGCUAAGGAAGUGUUGCCGGACCGGAAACAGGAGACCGGGUGAAGGGCGGGGUGGCCUGGCUGGCGCUUUUCCCUUUUCCCGAGCCGGAGCCGGAGCCGGAGCCGGAGCCGGAACCAGAGUUGGAGUUGGGAGGGCGGGAGCUGCGCUAGCCGCAGCAACAAGAGGCAGGCCCUGCGGGCGGGCGGAUCCUCAAUCCCUCUAGAGGCGACCUCAGCCGAGUAGGGGGCGGGCCGGGGGGCCGGGCCUCGAGUCGUAUCUGCGUCCUGGACUCAGGUCUCUUUCCCGCCCCUCCCCGCCUUGUCCUUAGGAUAGGAGGCUGUGGCAGCACUGGCGGGACCCGACAUCCUAGAGAGCCGGAGGCGAGUCUGGUUUCUUGCGUGCCCGGUCCUUGGGUGAGUCUCGGUUCUGGCUGCUCCGGAUGGGCCGAAGACGGAUGGGACGCGGCAAAUCAGUAUGGCUUGCUAUACUAAGGUAUAUAUAGAAAUUCAGGGACCAUCAGACCUUCUACCUCUACAACAAGUUCCUUGUGACAAUUAACAUCCAUCUAUAAAUUGAUCUUUUACUUGGCACUGGUUCUGGAUUGAAGCUCGUGGAUAAUGGAAACAUUCCCCUGGCAAUGUCUCUUGGGCGACUCCUCCGACGAGCCUCCUCAAAAGCCUCUGACCUCUUGACCCUCAACCCCAGUGGCAGCAGUGGCCCUCCCUCAGUACUGGAUGGAGAGAUCAUCUACUCAAAGAACAAUGUCUGUGUCCACCCCCUGCAAGUUCUGCAGGGCCUUGGGGAGCACCACCCAGGUUAUUUGUGCUUAUACAUGGAAAAGGAUGAACUUCUGGGGACCACACUUAUCCUUGCUUGGGUCCCUAACUCCAGGAUCCAGAGGCAAGAUGAAGAAGCUCUGCGCUACAUCACCCCAGAAAGCUCCCCUGUGCGCAAGGCCCCCAGCAAACGAGGCCGUCAUGCUCAAGGUUCUGGAGAGCCACAUCAGCCCUUGCCCGUGGAACAAAGGUACCCUUUGACCCCUAAAGAUGAGGACAUCUUGGUGGUAGCCCAGAGUUUCCAAGAUACCGUCCACAUCAAUUCCUCAUUAGAAGAUGGGGAAAAGCUAUCCCAAGGUUUGAGGACAGACAGUCCUAUCCAAGCUACACAGCCUGUCCAUAGUGACUCAGGAAUCUUAUCUACUGUCAGUUCUCAGGAUGAGCCAAAUAGGUCUGAAUUGUCAGUGGAUGAAUCAGAGGAGGGACCAGAGUUGAGGCCAGAGCCUGGAGAAGAGGAAGGCUCCUUAGAGCUCUCUGCUGAUGAUGUGAGCAGGGAUAGUACUUUUGAUUCUGAUUCUGAUGCCUUUUCUUCACCUUUCUGCCUCUCACCAAUAAGUGAAGCCCUUGCAGAAAGUAGCAGUUCUGUUUUCCUGGAUAAUGAAAACAGAGAGACAUGUGACAAUCACAUGACCUGUUCCACCAGCUCCACCUCCAGCCUUGACACCAACCUUCAGUUCCCAGAGAACAGUGGCCAAUUGCAGAACUCCAAAUGGGAUGAACAGCAAAAGGUGUUUGCCCUCGAACAGAUCUGUGGAGUGUUUCGUGUUGACUUGGGACAAAUGAGGUCUCUCCGCCUUUUCUUUAGCGAUGAGGCCUGUACCAGUGGGCAGCUGGUUGUUGCUAGCCGAGAAAGUCAGUACAAGGUCUUCCAUUUUCACCAUGGUGGGCUGGAUAAACUGUCAGAAGUUUUUCAGCAAUGGAAACACUGUACCGAGACUCAUCUCAAAGACCAGCAGGUCUCCAUUGAAAAGACUUGUAUGCAGUUCUCCAUCCGACGUCCCAAGCUCCCUUCUUCAGAGACUCACCCAGAGGAGAAUAUGUACAAAAAACUGGAUGUCUCCACCUGGCUUAACCACUUGAAUGAAUCUGGGCAGGUAGAAGAGGAAUAUAAGCUACGUAAGGCCAUUUUCUUUGGAGGCAUUGAUGUGUCAAUCCGGGGCGAGGUCUGGCCCUUCCUGCUGCGCUAUUACAGCCAUGAGUCCACAUCGGAGGAGCGAGAGGCACUGAGGGCACAGAAGAGGAGGGAAUACUCAGAGAUCCAACAAAAAAGGCUUUCAAUGACUCCAGAAGAACAGAGAGAAUUCUGGCGCCAUGUGCAGUUCACUGUUGACAAAGAUGUGGUUCGGACAGACAGAAGCAAUCAGUUCUUCCGAGGAGAGGACAACCCAAAUGUGGAGAGCAUGAGGAGAAUUUUGCUGAAUUAUGCGGUAUACAAUCCAACCAUUGGCUACUCCCAGGGCAUGUCAGACCUGGUGGCUCCCAUCCUGGCUGAGGUUCUAGAUGAAUCAGAUACCUUCUGGUGCUUCGUAGGUUUGAUGCAGAACACGAUCUUUGUCAGUUCUCCCCGAGAUGAGGAUAUGGAAAAACAGCUGCUAUACCUUCGUGAGCUGCUUCGGCUGACCCACCUACGUUUUUACCAGCACCUUGUUUCUCUGGGGGAGGAUGGUCUACAGAUGCUUUUCUGCCACCGCUGGAUCCUUCUGUGUUUUAAGCGAGAGUUUCCGGAUGCAGAGGCGCUGCGCAUGUGGGAAGCAUGCUGGGCUCAUUACCAGACAGACUACUUCCAUCUCUUCAUCUGUGUGGCCAUUGUGGUGAUCUAUGGUGAUGAUGUCAUUGAACAACAACUGGCCACUGACCAGAUGCUUCUGCACUUUGGAAAUCUGGCCAUGCACAUGAAUGGGGAACUUGUACUCAGGAAGGCGAGGAGUUUGCUCUAUCAAUUUCGCCUCUUGCCCCGGAUCCCAUGUAGUCUACAUGACCUCUGUAAACUCUGUGGGACAGGCAUGUGGGAUAGUGGUUAUAUCCCUGCUGUGGAGUGUACCGGGCACCACCCUGAAUCUGAGAGUUGUCCCUAUGGUGGGACAGUGGAGGAACCUUCUCCAAAAUCUGCCAGUGAAGGCAAGAAGGGCCCAAAGACUCGAGAGGUCUUCAGCUUCCGCAAAUAGGACCAAUCCAUAGAGCUGGAGAGAGAUUGGAGGGGAUGUUUCUAGGGGAAAUGUCUAAUUCAGGGCCAUCAGAAUUAGAUAAGGGUAUAGGGUAUGAGAAAAGAAUAAGCAGUGUUUACCAAAAAUAUCAUGGAAAAAUGGAGAAUAAAUUUUUCUUUUUUAAUGGCAGCAUCAGAAACCAGGAGAAAUAGGAAUGAAGAUGUGACCACCAACUCAAAGAAAAUUCAACAGAAUGACAGAAUAAGGUAGCAGAAGGACCUGUCUUUCCUGUUUGAACUGAGGAGUAAUUUUCAGAAUAAUCCACACCCCCAUCACUGACCAGAUUAAUUAGCAACUAAACUUCAAACAUGGGAAGACAGAUAAUAAGGAAAACCAAGCAAGCUCAGCUUUCUAUAUUGGAAAGCAUAUGGGUUAAGAGCAGUCCUCUUUUAUAUAUAUAUCAUGCACAAAUUUUCUUUCUUGAAACCAAAACCUACUGCCUAAGUGACUUCCAGCCUGAGCCAUAACAGUUGUCACUAAAAAUAGCCCAGUUGAUUUGGGGAUACUGAGACAGUGUAGGACUUGGAGAGUUUGUGACUUUACAGAUAUACCACGAGCUUUUUAUACUUCCUCAUAUCUAAAAGAAACUGCCUCCUCUUGAGUCUAAGCAAUAGGCUUCUAGAGAAUGUAUGAUUCAUCUCAUUUGGCUUCUUUCACAGAGCUAACAGGUUUUCUACAUAAGAGUUUUGCCUGCUUCACUGCUUAAUUCCGCCACUAUAGUAGCCAAAUGGUGUUUGAAUGAGUAAGAGUAUCUUGUGUGAUUGUAUGUGUGUCUAUAUGAGUCGUGAAAAAAAGAGAAUUCAUUUAAGGGGAAUGACAGCUCUCUUUGAGUGUCCUCCUCAAAAGUAUUUGCCUACUGCUGGGUGUGAUCCUGACUUUCAAAUAGCCAAAUAUUGUCACAUAGUAUUUAGUAUUUAGGACUGCCUCCAUUUCCUGUGUCCUCCCAAUCCAUUUAUUCCUAGUAUAAAAAGAUUGGGCUAUAUGUCCAUGCUAGAAUUUGGCUGUAAAAUGGUAUAACCUAUGAGAAUUCUUUUGGUCAUCCUGAAAAGAAAUAAGAGUGCCAAGUCCCUUCACUGAAAAACUUUGCUUGAAAUGGUGGACAAGCAGACCUCAUUCCUCAUUGAUGCUUUAGGUUUCUGAAUUCUUUCCAAGCACUCCAGCUUAUGAAUAAAGUCUUUUUUUCUACUCCUAGUUAUAUGAAUUGAAAGGUUAAGCUGAAUUGUAUCAUUUUAAAAGAUCCUUAUCAGCAAUAAAGAUGAAGCUACCAGCUGCUUUGCUUUUCAUCACACUCCACAUUCCUGAAGUCCAAAAUCCACUAGAGAAGGGAUCUUAAGACUAAAGGCUGAAAUUAAACCAAAAUUUCAAGUUUUUCUCCCAGAACUUUUCUGGACAUACUGUUUUAGAAUCAUCAGAUCUGGAUAAGCCUUUAUCACCAUUGGGGAAUAUGAGUCUGGGAGUGUUGCAGGUGAACUUUUCUGUAGGAGAGAGGACACACCAAUUAUCUUUAUUUUGUACUAGAAAAUUCCCAUAAGACAUAUUACUGCUGAAGAAUAUUGAUUUAAAUUACCUGUCAACUUCUCAGGGAGGUUUGAGAGAUAGAAACACGAAAGCAGUUCAACUAUAUUCCUUGUCUACUGCCAUUGUCCAGAGAAGAGAGAAUCCUUGAUCAUGCAAUAAUUGGUUCACCUUCCAACUAUUUUGGUUUUCCCUACAAACACAAAGGCUCCCUUCAUAAUUUGGAUCCCUACCUCUUUUCCCCUUAUCCUUCUAAGGAGCACUUGUUUGUAUUGGUACCAUGUGCCUUCAAACUGCUGCCUUCCAUACAGCUGCAGGUUUCCAGUGACCCAGUGAUGGAAGAGGCUUGUUGGUAUGCCCAGACGGAAAGUAUUCAUUCUGAAUUCUGCCAACUUCUCCACAACCAUAACCACAGAACUCCAUUCUCUAUAACCACCCAAACCAGCUGGCUGUUUCCCAUUAAGGGAAUGGAAAUAAAGCGCCAUCUGCUGCCUGCCUUUGUCAUUACCACGUGGUUUACACUCUUUAGCCCUCGUGGGGUGGGGUGGGGUGGUUAGCCCACUGAAAUUUUAGCCUCCCUGCAAAACAGCAAGGGUCUGUGAAAUCACUGCUGUGUCAAGCUCAGCAGGUUUGCCUAGAAAACAUUCUUAAUAUUUGCUGCUAUCGAGAGGCCUAUGGAAAAGCUCCUCUCAUACAACUUCCUUGAUCUGGAUACAAUUAGGAGUAAACCAGUCAAAAACCCUGGAGCAGCUGUUGCCCUACGAUUAUUCCCAACCAGCAAAAAUCAUUAGAGUGAUAAUUCAGUCAUUAGACUUCUAGCCUUUGCACCAUCAGAAUGUGCAAAUAGGGGUUAAGAAGCCCUCUAUUCUCAGUAAUGUAGCUUAUUUAACUCAUUUUUUAAAUGUAGCUUAAUUUUAUUGGUUGCCUUGUGCGUGUAUGCGCAUACUUAAAAAAUUUCAAAGCAUUCAAGCCCCACUAAUUUCUGCCAUUGAUGUUACAUGAAUUUCUUUCAAGGCCCCUGGGAAAAGAAUUGUAACCUUUGAUGUAUGUGAGGAAGGGUAUACUGAUGCAGAGGAGUAGAAAUUUUAUAGCAAAGAGAGUGUUUCUAUGAAAUCUGAUUUACCAUGCUGUUCAGGAAGCCCAAAUUGAUGACACUUGAAUGGUGAAGAUCUAGAAGGAUGGGAAAAGAAUAUUGCUGAGUUAAGGACUUUGCAUUCAAAACAAAGUCAUCUUGUUCCUGAGAAAGUCUUUAAAUUUGUUAUGUUGGGUACGCUGCUUGAGUUUUUAUUCUAAGCUAGAGAAACUCAAACCUGAAGUCACGACACUUAGGUCUCUGGUUUCCCUGUGAAAAGGUAGUAAAUCUCUAAUAGGUUUUUCUCAGGGAAUGUUAAUAGCAGAUCCUUCACUAAAGGCUUUUUUGGGAAGUCCAAAUAAUCUUUUGUUGGCAAAGUUGUGAAAAUGCAGUUGGAACUCCAUAGUCUCUGAAGUUUUAUGAUUCUGUUAAUUGCAAAUUAUUUCAAUGGAAUGCCUAAUUUAUUAUAUUGAAAAUUGAAUAAGAUAAGGGUCAUAUAGAUUUUUCUGUUUUGUUUGGAACAUUGUCAUAAGGAUUGAUAAGAUAGCUGCUGUGUUGUCCAGAGGAUAUGGGAAAAAGAAAGGAUAUGAUAGGAUGAUCAUGAUGUAUGGAGGGCUUACAUUCAAGUGAAUGAUUUGCUAUAUUAUCACCCAUGCUCUGUAAAUCUAAUUCACUUGCUCUCAUUCCAAUUUUAUACCAGGCAACAUUUGACUAUAAAAUUCUGGGCAAUUCCAGAGCAAGCCUAUAUAAAUAUUGAUGGGAAUAAAGAAGUUAGAAAAGGACCUGAGUUUUCUAGGUCUAUGUAGAUUCUUUAAUAUCUUUUUAAAUAACAAGCUAUUGAUGCAACUGGGAUCAAUCUCAUUCUUGUAAGAUUAGCACUUCACUGAUAAAACAAAAAGCGAAGUCCAGUCUGAAUAAGCAAUUAGGAAUAUUCAUAAAUAAGAAUGGCUCAGAAUUAUGUGAGAUUUAUUUUUGAAACAUAAAUCAUUCUGAAAUAAUAGGCCACAGAAUUAAUGUUUGGGACAAGAGAAAACUGAGAAGCUUAGGAAGAGAGAAAAAAGAAAAAAAUGGCUCAUAGUUAUUUAUGUCAUUAAAAUAUAAGGGCACUUAGAAUCCUACCUUCCUGCCCGCAACUGUCAGUGGACAUUAGCAGGGCUGCCCUGAACUUAGAUGAGUCACAGAGAAUGAAGUAUCCCAUUUGCAGUUCACAGGUCUCCUCAGGCUCUCGCUUGCUUUGUAAAUCCAGUAGUGACUGGUUAGUUCUUGGAUUGGGAAUGAAUUCUCUUUUGCAGUACUAAAGGAAGAACCUGAACAAGUUCCUCAGGCAAGUGAUAGACUCUCCUUUUGUUGGAGAACUUUACCAUACUGCUGAAUCUAAAACCUGACUGUCUGUAUUCAGCCUCAGAAGGUGGCAAUUCUUAAAUUGAAGCCAAAAGGACUGUUAUUUUGUUUUAUUUUUAAACAUAAGAAUUAUAAUUUUUUAAAAUAACUUUUUAUUGAUAGAACCCAUGCCAGGGUAAUUUUUUUAACAGCAUUAUCCCUUGCAUUCACUUCUGUUCCGAUUUUUCCCCUUCCUCCCUCCACCCCAUUCUCUAGAUGACAAGCAGUCCUUUACAUGUUGAAUACGUUACAGUAUAUCCUAGAUACAAUAUAUGUGUGCAGAGCUGAACAGUUUUCUUGUUGCACAGGGAGAAUUGAAUUCAGAAGGUAGAAAUAACCUGGGAAGAAAAACAAAAAUGCAAGCAGUUUAUAUUCAUAAACAUAAGAAUUAUAAACAGUAUUCAUCAUGACUUCCACUUUACAAAGAAGGCUGGUUGACAUUGGUGUUAGUGGAAAUGGGUGUAAGAGACAUUUGUGUCUGGAGCCAAAAGAAUUUUUUUUGGAAAUCUAACCCUCCACCUUAGUAUGUGAUUUUACCUUGAGAUGCAUAUCACCUUUUUGCUUCAGCUUUCUCUCUAAAACCAUUUCAUAACUUCCUUCUGCUCUUUCCUUCCUUGAAACAUAUUCAUCCUUUAUAGGGAUGUGUUAUAAUAAAUAAGUUUAAAGUAUUAACUGCUUCAAUUGUACUGUUGAAAACUGUACAAGAUUAUGAUUUCAGAACUUGUGAUGCUAUAAAUUGGAUAGAUGGAUGUUCUUACUGUAUACCAUUGUACUAAGUUCUGAAGAUAUGAAUAAAGAUAGAUCUUUAUUCUAGAAUUACAUUCCAAUUGGGGAGUGUCACUUUGGAACACUUUAGGUCCAAAAGUUGGAUGAAGAAUCUGCCCAAAGGGGCCCAAUACUAUUAACAGACCUUGUCAAAGAACAAUGGCAGACUUGAUUUGGCCUCACAGUGGGAGGAUGGGAGUAGCAAGGUGCUUGGAACUGUUCUAAAAUAGUGAUCCAAGAGAGGUCCUCACCAAUUAGGAGGUAGGGUCCUUUAAGAGAUGAAAGGGACUUUAGAGAUCUUCUCUGUUCAACCCCCUCAUUUUAGAAGAUGAGGAAAUAAGUCUGAAGGGAAGCCAGUUAGGAAACCUGGAUUUAGAACCCAGUAGCAAGUAGUUAAAGAGUAUUUGUUGUAAUUUGAGAUGAAUUGAACUUAUGUUCAAUGUGGACAACUAGUGCUUUAAAGUAAGAUUGAAGUCUUGACUUCCAGUCACUGGAGCUUCAGUUAUUAAUUGGUCAAAUCUAAGUACAAUUAUCCAUUCCUCUGGUUUGAGCAUAACUUAACAGUGAGAUAUUAUGACUAGAACAUUCAUUUAGUCCUGUUUUGGGUCUGGUGAAAUGAUGUAAUCAUUUUCAUUCUCUGUGAAGUCAGAUUGUUCUAGAUCUUUGUAAUCUCUAGAUCUCCGAUCUAAAUUCAAAUUCUAAGUUGGA